AAUUUGUCUUUAUCAACUGUCAAACCCAACGUGAAUUUACGAGGAUUUUCCAUCACAUCUUUUUGAGGACUUUUUCCGGAAUAAACAUAAAAUUGUUGCAAGAUGUCAAUGGCAUUCAGAGGAGCCCGUCUUUUGUCGUCGCGCGCCGUGCGCAUGAUGCCAAAACGCGCCUAUUCGGACGACAUGGCAUUCACAUUCGCCGCUGCCAAUAAAGUUUACUACGAAGCUGCUGCCGUGCGACAAGUCGAUGUGCCCUCGUUCAGCGGAGCUUUCGGUAUUUUGCCGAAACACGUUCCAACCUUGGCCGUACUCAAGCCCGGCGUUGUCACCGUUUACGAAGCCGACGGAAAAGUGCAAAAAGUCUUCGUUUCCAGCGGAACUGUCACCGUCAAUGACGACUCAUCUGUGCAAGUCCUCGCUGAAGAAGCUCACCCAGUGGAAAACCUCGACGCAAGCGCUGCCCGUGAAUGUCUAACAAAGGCCCAACAAGAACUCUCUUCAGCUGGCGACGACAAGAAACGUGCCGAAGCCGCGAUUGCCGUCGAAGUUGCCGAAGCUCUCGUCAAGGCUGCCGAAACUGGCGCAUAAAUACUGAAAUUUCCGAUUCACUGGAAGAACUUAAGUGUAAAAAAUUUGAAGAAAAUGCCGAAAGAUUUCAUUUAGAAUACAGAAAAUCCCGUUAAAUCAA